UUGCAGGACGUGGACCGAGGGGACGGAAGGGUGCGCCGCGCAAGCGUGAUUCAGUCGCCCGCGCGACCCCGUCGCCGCCGGUCGCGCGCCAUGGACGAGACCAGAGUGAGAGACCGCGCGCCGCUGACCGUCAUAGUCGCCCCGAGCAACGCGUCGCCGCCUCGACUAUCCCCAGCCGACCUCCUCCCCGACGGCGACGCGGCCUUCCACCCCCUUUCAGCCGUAAACGGCAGGCUAACCCCGCCGGGGCUCGAACCGGCGUCCUACGCCACCCUAACUCCUUUACUCCCUCUACCCCCAAUCAGUACAGUAUCCGACAAAUUUGCUUACCACGCCGGUGGUACUUUCACUGUUAUACAGCAGCAGCAGUCCUAUGCUGCUUUGUCUCCAGCAGCUUACAAUGAACCUUUAUCACCUCAGUCUGCUUACAGCAGACGAAGCGCGUCGCCCAACUCAUUUGAGAGACGAUCCCCAACACCUCCUAUACCGAGCCCGGGCUUGGACCUCAACGCAGCGUUAUUGAGGGAAGAACAGGCCGCACAGCAACAGGCGCAGGUCCAGAACGACACAGAAGAGAUUAAUACUAAGGAGUUGGCUCAGAGGAUAAGUGGAGAAUUGAAACGGUACUCCAUACCCCAGGCGAUAUUCGCGCAGAGGGUUUUGUGUCGAUCUCAAGGGACACUUAGCGAUCUAUUAAGGAAUCCAAAGCCUUGGUCGAAGCUAAAGUCGGGGAGGGAAACGUUCAGGCGGAUGUGGAAAUGGUUGCAAGAGCCAGAGUUUCAGAGGAUGUCGGCGUUGAGGCUAGCAGAUACACCAAAUCAGCAAACGGUAAAAGGCGACAAUGUAAACAACAUGCAGCAACAAUCUUACUGCCAGCCCCGGGAAUAUGCCCCGCCCGUGCCUCAGGGUUCUGGAAUGUACCCCGGGCCUCCACCCCACUGGGAAGCGCCGGUAUACGAACCGGCCGGGGAUAUUUCUUGCUUUAUGACCCUUGUUGUUUAUUCUAUUUCUCAUAAGAUAUUAAUUGCCAUCGUUUCUUUUGUUACAGCGGCCCAGAUUCCACAGAGAGGCAGUUGCAAGCGCAAGGAGGACAUGGGUACGGAUAUGCCUUCCCCGAAGAAGCCGCGUUUGGUUUUCACAGACCUCCAGCGGCGUACUCUACAGGCUAUUUUUAAGGAAACAAAGAGGCCGUCAAAAGAAAUGCAAGUGACGAUAGCAAGGCAGCUUGGCUUGGAACCGACCACAGUCGGAAACUUUUUUAUGAAUGCGCGUAGAAGAUCGAUGGACAAAUGGAAAGAUGACGACGCACCGUCAUCUGAAUUAGAUACGCAAUGCGAGAGUCAAGAUUUGGACCAUGUCCCCAGCUUGGACUCUGCGGAGUCUGAGGAGGACCAUGAUGACCAAGAUGACCAUCUCUUGUGA